AUGCUAGUCAUUCCCGAAACGACCAAGUCAAACGACGAUGACAAGACCACCGAGACUGGAUAUGAGCAGGCUACAGGCGAGAUGAAAGAUCCGAUUCGGCGGGAGGAGCUUAUGCUGCGUGCUGUGAUAGCAGGCACAGACAAGAUCUACAUCUCCAAAAGCACAAAGGUCACCAUGGCAAUGGGAAAUGCCUCAGACUUCUUGCUCAGAUUCAAGAGCGUGAUUGAUCUGGUGGUCAAGAUCAAUCUUUAA